GAUGCCCAUCAUCGGCUGCUUUUCGAGAGGAGACAACAACGCCCGAAUUAAGUUAGCAUUAACACAACUAUAGCUUUUUUAAAGUAAUAGUUAAACAUUUGUAAAGUACCUUAAAGUUAACUUGUAUUUUUUGUGUGGCACGUUUUUGUAAUCCGGGCAUUAUACCGAUUUUGAGGAUUUUUUUUUUAAAGAAUCUGAUAUUCUUUAAGAAGUAAGAAAUGUUCAGAAAGAAGGAUCCAGAAAAAGUUGUCCUGGUGUCCGGCGUGAAGAGCUCAUACACUUCCCUGGGAAGCGAGGCCAACCAGCAGGAAGCAUUACAGAUAGACAUAGCUGGUGGCAUCAAGCAUUGCCAUGACAACAGCCGAGCACAGGAGGACCGUGACCGAGAGAAGAAAGUGGCCAGGAGGAGAUUGUAUGUGGUGACUGUCAUCUGCCUGAUUUUCAUGAUCGGCGAAAUCCUUGGGGGGUAUUUUGCGGGCAGUCUUGCUGUGUUGACAGAUGCGGCCCACCUCCUUGCCGAUUUAAUCAGCUUCCUCAUCAGCCUGUUGUCCCUCUGGCUGUCCUCCAGACCCGCCACACACAAGCUCAGCUACGGCUGGCAUCGUGCAGAGAUCCUGGGGGCUCUGCUGUCAGUUUUCACCAUCUGGCUGGUAACGGGGGUGCUGGUUUACCUGGCUGUGGAGCGCCUCAUCAGCGAUGACUUCACUAUUGAUGGCACUAUCAUGCUCAUUACCUCCGGUUGUGCUGUGUUGGCUAAUAUUGUCAUGGCCCUGGUGCUCCACCAGUCUGGACACGGCCAUAGCCACGGGGGUCUCAGCUCACACGGCCACGGCCACAGCCACAACACAGGAAAGGGAGACAAUCAGGUCUCAAACCACUCGCACAACAAUGAUAACCAUGCCGACCUGGAGCAGAGCACAAGCGGUAAUGGACGGAGGGCUCAGCAGGACAACGCCAGCGUGCGAGCGGCCUUUGUCCACGUGUUAGGAGAUCUGCUCCAGAGCAUCAGCGUGCUCGUCAGCGCCAUCAUUAUCUUCUUUAAGCCCGAAUAUAAGAUAGCUGACCCCAUCUGCACCUUCCUGUUCUCCAUAUUUGUCUUGUGCACCACAUUCACCAUCUUGAGGGAUAUUCUUCUCGUCCUGAUGGAAGGCACUCCCGGAGGUGUGAAGUACGGUGAGGUGCGUGAAGAUCUGCUCGCAGUGAAGGGAGUGACUGCGGUCCACAACCUACACAUCUGGGCCCUCACCAUGAACCAGGCCUUACUGAGUGCUCACGUGGCCAUAGAUGAGACCGUGGAUGCUCAGACUGUCCUGAGAGAAAUGACACAGGCAUGUUACUCCAACUACAACUUCCACUCUGUUACAAUUCAAAUGGAGAGGCAGGCUGACCUGAAGCCAGACUGUAAUCUGUGUGUGGAGCCCAAGAAGUAGCUACCUGCCAUCAUUAUUGUAUCUGACCCCAGCAGAAUAAAGCAAAUGCUGUUAUGGUAAAAAAACCUUCAGUUCUGCACUUCUCCUUGGACCCUGAGGUAUUUUACUGUGACAAUAUUGCCAAAGUCAUAUGACUGUGUCUUUAGUGCCUUUGUGAUUACAUUCCCAAAUAACUGUUUUUAUAGCAUGUGCCUGAAGGAAAAGCAACCCUGCUCAUGAUUUAAAUUAUUUUAGAAGGGACAUUCCCUUUUCACAUGGUGCCCCAUGUAUGACGUUUUAACUUGUCUUUAUAUCCCUGUGUUGUCUUUGCUUUUAGGUGUAUUCAUGUCGAUAUAAAUCUGUUUAUCCUUUAAGAAUCAAUAACUGCUUUUAUGAUUGAGAAACUAUUCAUUUACACUUCUACUUACUGUCUUGAACGCACAUUUUAAAUAGUUUGUUUACCUUGUGAAGCAGUCAGACCGAGGCAAAAAUACCCUUUAUUUGAGCAUUAACCUAUUUUAUCAAUAUAAAACAUUGCACACAGUCGGGUAUGUAAAUAUAGAUCAAUACAUAUUUCUAGGCAUUGACUUUCACACCAGCAAUCUCAGAAGUACUGUAUGUGGAGAGAAUCAAGUGUAUUUAAAAAAAAAAAAGGUGUUUCCACUGCCUUUGAUCAGUUGUAAGGUGAAAUGAAUUAUUAAAUACAUUUCUUUUU